AUGGCUCCCUCUCUCAGCACGCACCCUUCUUUCACUAGACCUCGAACCAGCGAUCGUGAUGGCCGGCCCAGCACCCGCGACCAAGGCCCUGACCUGUUAAUUCCCAGCCGCACCUCGUCGCUUCAUUCUCGCAUCACCCAGCCAGCUCCAGCGACCCUCUCCCAAAAGGCGCAGCAACGUACCCCGAAAACACUCACACAUGCCUACAUGGUGUGUGGUGUUGGCCGUGAGCCCUCUCAAUGGGUCAAGGCCCCAGCUCCCGCUCAGGGCAAGAUUGGCCAUAUGAAGGGUGCUGUUGGUCAGUUCUGGCUCCCCGAGAUCUUGGGCAGCAGCCCCAGACUGGAACAGGACAACGAGAUUGCUCGUGCUCUGCACGCAGCUAUGAAGGCAUGCUUCCCCCACGAUGUUGAGAUCUGCACUGGCCGAAGCCAGCCUCACUGCGUCCACCAUGCCUUUGUUCUCCAGCAAGACUCCUCUCACACCCUUUACGGAAUUUCCCUCCGCGUUUGGUCCCGGGCUGAUGAAAAGAGAGCUGAGACCAUUCGCGACUUGCGAAAGAGGACCGAAACGGAUUUCUACGAUAACGUCGACGAGACCUACUGGAUCCCCUAUUGUCUUUCGUUCCUUUCUAGGUAUCCUCUGUACAAUCUUCUCGGCGACUAUCUCCGUGGCAUGUGGAUUCAUUGGAACAAGGCCACAAACCUUUUCCACGCUGAGGAGGUUUCCCGAAUUCUCAGCUUCCCGGCUCCUCGCCUGAACGACCUUGUCCGCAUCGACAUGAAGGACUAUGCACUCUGCUACCAAUUUCCCUCUUCGCCUACUGGCUUCCAGAACUUCGCCAUGUGGCCCCUCUUCACCUGCUUGUCUAUCCCUAACAUUGUUGGCGUGAUUGAGGCCGCCAUUUCACCCACUCGCCGCAUCAUUUUCGUCAGUCACUACCCGGCAAUGCUCACCAUGGCUGCCGAGACAGUUCGAUACUGUUCCCGUGUCUACGAGUGGAGUGGAUUGUACGUUCCAGUCGUCCAUGCCCGCUAUGCCCAGGAAUUGGCUCAGGAGCCUGGCCCAUACAUUUUGGGUAUCACUGCCGAAUGCCGCUCUCUUUUCACUGCUCCAACAGACGCGCUUGUGGUAGACCUCGAUCGUAACUUCGUUCUCACCUCGAACCCACCGACUGCUCUUUCACCGGGACAGCGCAACAAGUUUGUCUCCCGAUUGACGCAAGCCCUUAAUGGUGAUGUCAGCCCCACUGGCGUGCCACAGCACCUUCGCUCCGCCUAUGGAGGUGGCAAGCUUAUCCCUGCCGGCCAGAUUAUUGUCAUGCGCGGCGAGGUUGAGUCCAUCCAAGACCCUGAGUGGUGGAACCAAGACGCCGUUAUGGCUGUCAUGGAUCACGUGUGCGAGAAGAUUGGGCGCAACACCGGUAUCAAGGCCGUGUUUGGCGGUGCGCAGAAGAAGCCUCUGAUGACCAAGGUCUCCAUGCGUCACCUUAAUGAGAUUGUGCGAGAGCGAAACCAGUACUCGCGUGAUGCUUUGGAGGCCUGGCAGGACUUCAUCAACCUCAAGGGUCGUAUGGAUACUGAGUUGAACAAGGUCAACAAGCGUAACAACUACCUUGUCGAGGAGCUCGAGAGCUGGAAGCAGCAGUUCCUCAAGUUCCAGGCAUUUGCUGAGCAGCUCACCAAGGAGACCCAAGAUCUCAAGGUCAAGAUCGAGACCCAUAAGAAGGAGAACCGACGCCUUGCAGGGCUCAUUGAUCAACAGAAGGAUGACAAUGCGCGCCUCUCGGUCCGUCUCACUGGUACCGAAAAGCAGCGAGACGACGCCCUUGAGGCUUUGGUUCUGCAGCAGGAGAUUGCUGAGGAAUUGGAGCGUGAGCGCAAGAGAAAUAAGAAGGAACUGUCUCAGCUUCAACAUACCAAUGCUACUAUUCUCCGACAGCGAGACGAGGCCCGCCGUGUUGUGCUCCACCUGCGCAGCCUUGUUGGCGGCCAGAGCCACCAUCUGGAGCAUCUCAUCCAGACUCUUACCAGGCCCGAGGAUCUCCUCCAAGAGAUUGAACAGUACAUGGACGACGAGGAGGCCUACGCCGCUCAGGAGGCUGAGCAGAACGCAGACGCUGAUGAGAAGCGAACUAUCAAGGCUAUCCCUCAUGACCGACGACUGUCAGCCUCGAGCUUCAUUGAUGUUGCCGACAGACAUCUCAAGGAUAAGACAGACGCUAUUGCCCACAUUGUGCGCAACAUUGCAGAGCAAUGCCAGGCUGCUGUUGAGAGCCUUCAGCUCGCUCAGGACGCCGAGAUUCGCUCACGCCGUCGUGGCAGCAACCUCUCCACAGGACACAGCGAGGACUCUCAUGACGUCCACUCCGCUGCCACCUCGGAGACUGGUGACGACAGCCUGCUCCACCCAUCUGGACGAGCUUCCAGCAUUCCUCCUACACCAGAUCUGAUCCCAAACCGAAGUAGCACUGCGAUGUCGUACGCGUCAACAGCCGUAACCACACCGGAGCGUGGCAGUCAGCAGUUCACCGUUCGGGACGAUAUCCCUACAAAGAUCGUAGAGGAUGAGGAGGGAGAAUACGAAGAAUCACGAAGUGAUUCUCAUGAGAAUGGGGUUGUGUCGAAGCACACCAGCAAUCUCAUGCAGCGCCCUGCCGGCGCUAGAAUCAGUGCUCUGGGAGCCACUCGAUAA